UUAUUUAGACAGAACGUCACGAUAAUUCUACGCGAAAGGAUGUUCCUAACGAUCGGUCUGUUGGCACUUCAGGUGGUUGCCGUCCUCGGCGCCCCCAUCGAAGCUGAGGACGAACCGUUCGAUUUCGAGUUUUCCCAGUUGGGCGAAGAGAUGUAUCUUGUGGUGGAGACGAGGAAUCAUACCGAAAAGCUGCUGGAAGAGUGGAGCGACGACGACGGAAGCAUCAAUCCGGAAGAGAUGGGACCGUUUGUACAGGGUGAUCUUUAUCAACCGGUGCUUGCGAAGAACGCGGUGAAAUUCAAAAGCAGAAAAUGGGCGAAGGCUGUCGUGCCGUACAAAAUAAGCGACAGUUUCGGUUACAGCGAUGUGCAGCGCAUCCAAAUGGCGUUCAAAAUGUUCCACCAGAAGACCUGUGUUCGAUUCGUUCCGAGGGCCAGCCAAAGGGAUUUCAUCGCAAUCGAGAAAUCUUCCAGUGGUUGCUGGUCAACGGUUGGACGUGCGGGAGGUCGCCAAGUGGUCAACUUGCAAAGUUCUUGCCUACGACAGAUUGGAACGGUGCUUCACGAGUUGAUGCACGCGCUGGGAUUCCUUCACGAGCACACUCGCCACGAUAGGGAUAAGUUCGUGGACAUCAACUACCUGAAUGUGCGCUUCGACGCGAUUGGGAAUUUCUGGAAGGAAACUAAAGAUCGGACCAGCACUCUGGGCACCGGGUACGAUCUGGGUAGUGUGCUGCACUAUUCCCGAAAGGCAUUCAGCUGGAAUGGAUUCAAUACGAUUGACCCCAAGGUGAAGUUUUCGGGCAAAAUUGGACAGCGGAAUGGAUUUUCCAACAGCGAUAUAAAACGGAUCAAAGCGAUGUAUUGUAAUGGAUGAACGAUAAUAAAAAAAUAAACAGUUACACGU